AUGAGAGAAAUAGUUGUGUUUCAUCUCGGACAGUGUGGCAAUCGGGUGGCGGAAAACUUUUGGGAGUACAUUUGCGACGAACACUGCCUGAACACGCAGGGUCAAUUCGUGGGCCAACACUACCUGCCACUGCAGCGCAUCAACGUGUACUUUGACGAGUCACCGUGUUGCAACUUCGUGCCACGGGCGAUCUUCGCCGACCUGGAACCGAGCGCACUGAACCACCUUCGCUGCAGCCGGUACGGGUGUCUGUUUUCGCCGGAAAGUUUCAUCAGCGGAAGGACGAGUGCGGGCAACAAUUGGGCCCGCGGCUACCAUACGGAAGGGGCCGAGCUGUUGGACCAGAUAGAGGACUGUACGCGGCGCAUGGUCGAGGGUUGCGAUUGUCUGCAGGGGUUUCAGCUGGUACACUCGAUCGGUGGCGGUACUGGGUCCGGCUUGGGGACGCUGCUGCUGGAAUCGCUGAAGGACCACUAUUCGGACAAGAUCACGAACACGUUCAGUGUGAUACCCUCGCCGAAGGUUUCGGAAGUUGUGGUGGAACCGUACAAUUCCGUCUUCGCGCUCAGCUCGAUGAUACGCUCGAGCGAUGAAACGUUCUGCCUGGACAAUGAAGCGUUGUACGACAUUUGCGUGAAAACGCUCCGCCUGCCCGUGCCGGAUCUGGACGAUUUGAAUCAUCUGAUCGCAUCCGCUAUGGCCGGCAUUACCUGCAGCUUUCGGUACCCGGGCCAGCUGAACUCGGACCUACGGAAGCUGCUGACGAAUAUGGUGCCCUACCGAAGGUUACACUUUUUCGUGCCCGGCCUGGCGCCGUUGUGUGCGCGCGAUUCCGAAUGCUAUCGGCAGACGACCGUGCCGGAGCUGGUCUAUCAGCUGUUCAGCAACAGCAAUCUGAUGGCGGCGUGUGACCCGCAGCUCGGGACGUUCCUAACCGCGGCCGCCAUCUUUCGCGGUCGUCUGUCAACACGCACGGUCGAGGAGCAUAUGAGUGGUGUGCGUUUGAAGAGCAGCCAGCUGACGUUCAGCGGCUUCAUCCCGAACAACGUCAAAUCGGCAAUUUGCGACGUGCCGCCGCGCGGUAUGAAAAUGGCGGCCACGUUCAUUGCCAACACGACGUCCAUAACGCAGCUGUUUCGGCGCAUUACUGAUCAGUUCGGGACGAUGUACCGGCAGCGUGCCUUCCUGCACUGGUACACCGGUGAAGGUAUGGAUGAGGGCGAGUUUGUCGAGAUGGAAAGCAAACUGACGGAGCUAGUGGACGAGUACGACAGCUACCGGGAGCAAGGUCUGGUAAAGGAGGAAGUUGAAGAUGAAGAAGAAUAG